AUGGAACUCCCUGGUGUGUUCAACUUGCGUUCGGGCCCCAUAGAUGAAGACAUAAAAAUCACGAAGGAUACCGCGUCCUUAUGCUGUUCCGUCCUGAGGGUUGUAUCCGAUAUAUUUCGUCUACCCGCUUUGUCUGCAGCAUUCACCGCCGAUGAUCUCAUCCAGCUCGCCGACGACAUUCUGGAUCUCAUAGAAAGUCCAACUCUACCGGUUCCUAAUGACGGAAAAAUUCGGGCGCUUGCCCUCUGGGUUUUGUCGAAUGGACACUUUCCGGUGGCGUCUUUGGCCUCAAGACGGACUCAGCUGAUGAGGUCACUGAAUGAAUCGAUCGAGCACGGUGACUCCGACCUCGUUGUCUCUGACAGCCUCAGGGCUUUGGGCAACCUCUUACAAGCCCAUUCAUCCAUCCUUCUCCAAGUUCACUGCAUGAUACUUCCAUCCGUCCUCAACCAGUUGGCAUCGGACUCCGAGCUCGUCCGCACGGAAGCAGCCCACGCACUUGGCAGCUUUGCAUUUGCGGCAUUGUCACACGACACGGACGCGCACAGGAUGUCGGAGGGGCCGCUCAGGCGCUCACUGCAGACUUUCAUCGACGCAGCGACCAGCAAGCAAUCCAUGAUCAGCGAGGAUGUGAAGAAUCUCGUAGCAUCCUUCACGCGCUCGCUCGGACCAGGAGACACCCCAACUCGCACUCUUGUCUGGCGUCAAGUCAUUAUCGCUUCGAUAAUAGCCACCUUGGGCUCGGAGGUGUUUACGCAUAAGGCCAGCUUGAAGUUGAUUAUAAAGACGCUGGGGCAGAUCAAACAACGCAAGUUACAGGUACUCCGUCUGAUGCAUGCGCUCGUCUGGAGGUGUCUCGUCUGGGCAUACGCGGAACUGCAGCGGAGGGACGUGCCAGGCCACAGUCGGAUUUCACCGGCUAAGGUCAGGGAUGGCGCGUUGGAACUCAUCAAGCAGGAGCAGAGGGAUGGCAUCGGUGCUGCACUGAUCAGUACCCUCCUCUGCUCCCCUCCUCUGAACCGCACGCAAGGUGACUCCGCACAUGCGAAGCACCAGGACGUCACCGAGGCUGUCGCUGUGCUUCGAAAGAUGGCCAGUGACCGGGCUUCUGUGCGCGCGGAGGCUCGGGCGAUCCUAUCGCGUCUGACGAGUGCGAUAGGCUCCGCACCUACGCCGCCCACGACUCCUGCUACGGACGGCAGGUCUCUCGGGGAAGGGAUCGUGGUGAAGGAGCUAUUCGACGGCACGAUCUUGCGUGUAGACGUUGAACGGCUUUCCACAAUGCUUCCUGAACUGGUGCCGUUCAGCGUGGAGAAGAUCAGACCGCUCACGGAAGCGGAGAUCGUCGGAAGCUGGGACGCACUGGUUGAAAUCUGGAAAAUACUCGUAAAGGAAGAUGUUCUCGCCUCGCAGGGCGGUCUCUCUCCACAGCACGACCUCUUGGGCCCGUGGCAAGCUCUUCUUCUCGUCCUCGCGCAGUUGACGCAAGAACACCGACACCUCACUGCGUCUGCCGAAUGCGCCGUCCGGGUGGCAGGAAUCUGUCGCGACAUACUCGAGUGGCAAGACAGUGCUCCUUCAAAACACCCCGACGAGAGCGCAUCCCGAGUCAACCAGCUCCGCUUUGUGCUGAUGAUGUGGAAGAUUGCCCGCAACGUUUUCAACGCCUCCUGGCUCGCCGCCGCCGCCGAACCGAUUUUGCGCGCGGUCCUUCAAAGGACGUAUGACCUUGCGAACAGAGAGAUAUCGGAUGCCUGGGCGGAGCUUUCCAGUGCCCUGGUUUUGUCCGGGGCAUCCGAUCUGCUCCUCCGACUGGCAGUUGGCGACGAAGCACAGCAAGAGAUGGAGCUCAAGCGGCACCUGUGGUCCGUGCUCGCAAAAUCAUGGGCAUACUCGGAGGUGAAGCCAGACUGGAAGGUGACAGUCUCGCUUGUGACACUUCCUAUAGGGGGAUUUGAUCUCUGCGACGAUGGCCUGAGCGUGUGGGACGACCUCCUCCGCGCCGCGGUUGUAUCGGCAGACUCGGCACGUACUACCUCUGAUCAAGUCCUUGAGACUAUAGCUGCACGAUUUGAUGAGCAUAAUGAAAGGCUUAGCAGACACCCACGAAUCGCAAUAUCCAUGUUGUCACAUCUCAAGAUGGACGACGACGAAAUGAUACCCAGAGAAUUUCUGCGCUUGAUCGACGAUUUCCUAUGCGAUCUCUAUGCGUCAAGCCAGGAGCAUCUAUACCCAGCACUAGAAACAUUCCGCGCUCUGUCAACCCUUUUCCAAUCGUGCAGCCUAUCUACCAUUGUAUCGCUAAUCUCCGCCAUCUCCGGCCUAUGUAUCUGGAUCCGUGACGAAGAAGAGGUUGUACCAGAAGAAAAUUACAAUGAUGUAAUCAUGCAUUUAUAUCAGACUGCUCUCGCCCGUCUUACCGAUUAUCAUUUCACUGCUAAUUCACUGGGCGCCAUCGCACCAUUUCUCGCCUCUGCAUUCAAACGAAUACCACAAGACGCCCUCGGUCCCCUCGCUUUCAAGGAAUUCUGGGAGAGCAUUCGCCACACAUUGACGCCGCAGGCUAGGUAUUCCCUGAAGAUUCAAGCAGGCCCUAAGAGUCAAUCACGAUUUCUUUGGGGGCCACUUCCCUCUGACAUAUCGUAUGACUCGGGCUCCCAGUCCAGUCCCAGUCACAAGACGAUGUAUGUCAAGAUCACAACCUGA